AUGGGAGAUUCCCAAAAGAGUAAGGAAAAGGGUUCAUAUAGUCAAUGGGGACCAGAAGAGACAAAAGUGCUAGUAGAGUUACUUGUUGAUGGAGUUCACCGAAACUGGCGUGAUAAUAGCGGUAACUUUAGCAAGUUAAUUGUGGAGCAAAAUUUUUUACCAGUUCUUAGUGAAAGACUUGGAUGCCAAAAAAAUCACAAUCAGUACCUAAGUAGAUGGAAAUACUUGAGAGAAAGGUACAACCAUUAUUUAGAUCUUCAACGCUUCAAUUCUGGAUUUGGAUGGGAUCCUGAAAUGAAAAAGUUCACUGCUCCGGAUGAAGUGUGGGAAGAGUACUUCAAGAAACAUCCUAAACAUAAACAUCUACGAUAUGAGUCAAACGAAAGAUUUGAAGAUCUUCAACUCAUAUUUGGAUGUGGCUUAGCUACCGGUGGUUCCGCUAUUGGAAUGGGUGAUACCACUGAUGAUCGAAGCUUUAUUGGGGAGAGUAAAAGAGUGAGAGAUAACAUAAUCGGUGAUGAAGCUUUUGAACCAUCAUCUCAAGAUCCAUCAGCAUCAAGAGAAUGUGAUAUAUCACCACCCUUUCAAGGCACCAAUCCCAAAGGUCGGUUGGGCAAACUUCCAACAAAGAAGAGGCCUAGAACCUUAGCUACUAGUAAUGUGGAUAAGCUGAAAACUGAUGAGGAGGACCCUAUGAUCAUAGUUAGUAAUAAGAUCCUAAAUGUCAUACAACAAAGAUAAGAACGACAACAAAGGGAAGCAGAGAAAAGAGAAGAUAAUCUAAAACUGGAAGCUGAGGAAAAAGAAGCUGAAAAAAAAAAACAAUGUUUGGGAAGCGAUGAAGGAAAUUCCUAAUUUAGAAAAUCAUAUUCGCUACAAAGCAGUUACCUUGAUUCACUCG